GCGCGGGCGGGCGGUGCGACCUGACUUCAGCUGUGACACCCUCGGAGAGCGGCGGCGGCGGUGCGCGGCGCGGGGCUCCGGACGCGCUCCGCCGUCUCCCGCAUCCCGAGUUGGGUGGCGAACUUGGCCUGGAUCCACGCAGUGGUGACACCGCUAGUCCCGGUGCAGCUUCGGCCGCUGCACUGGCGCUCAGGAGCAGCCCUGCCUGCCCCGGCAGAGCGGCACUGAGAGUUUCCCCCGGAGAAAGAGCCUGGACGCGCGCGUAGAGCCACAGGGGACCCGGAGCCGACGCCAGCAGAGCGGCGGAGAGGCGGCCCAGCAAAAGGUAAUUCUGAUGGAAAUCAUGGAAGAUUUAAUGUUUGUCUGCAGCAACUUUCUCGACCUGCAACCUCCCGUUCUUUUGUGCUUAUAAAGGCCCCCGGGCUUCUUUAUCCAGAGUUGUUCUGUGUUGGAUGGCCAUGGGGAGCACCCUGGGCUGCCAUCGCUCUAUCCCCAGAGACCCCUCGGACCUGUCCCAUAACCGCAAGUUCAGUGCAGCCUGCAACUUCAGCAACAUCCUGGUGAAUCAGGAGCGGCUGAACAUCAACACGGCCACUGAGGAGGAACUGAUGACCCUGCCUGGGGUGACACGUGCAGUGGCCCGAAGCAUCGUGGAAUACCGAGAGUAUAUUGGCGGCUUCAAGAAGGUGGAAGACCUAGCGCUGGUCAGUGGCGUAGGCGCUACCAAACUGGAACAGGUCAAGUUUGAGAUCUGCGUGAGCAGCAAGGGUAACUCUGCUCAGCACUCUCCCAGUUCCCUGAGGCGGGAUCUGCUGGCUGAGCAGCAGUCUUAUCACCUGGCCACCGCUGUACCCCUCACUCCACGAGUCAAUAUCAACACAGCCACCCUUGCUCAGCUCAUGAGUGUCCGGGGCCUCACCGAGAAGAUGGCGGUUAGCAUCGUGGACUACCGCCGGGAACAUGGGCCUUUUCGCAGUGUCGAGGACCUGGUGAGGAUGGAUGGAAUCAAUGCGGCCUUCCUGGAUAGAAUAAGACACCAGGUGUUUGCAGAGAGGUCCAGGCCCCCAUCUACCCACACCAAUGGAGGUCUUACCUUCACUGCCAAACCUCAUCCUAGUCCCACGUCUCUGAGCCUGCAGAGCGAGGACUUGGACCUGCCACCAGGGGGCCCCACGCAGAUUAUCUCCAUGAGGCCCUCGGUGGAGGCCUUUGGAGGUAUGAGGGAUGGGCGACUCGUGUUUAGGCUGGCCACCUGGAACUUGCAGGGCUGCUCUGUGGAGAAGGCCAAUAACCCAGGGGUCCGAGAGGUGGUGUGCAUGACGCUUCUGGAAAACAGCAUCAAACUUCUAGCUGUGCAAGAACUGCUUGAUAAAGAAGCCCUGGAAAAGUUCUGUACAGAGCUAAACCAGCCAAUCCUGCCCAACAUCCGCAAGUGGAAGGGGUCCCGAGGAUGCUGGAGAUCCGUUGUUGCUGAGAAGCCUUCGAGUCAGCUCCAGAAGGGCCCCUGCUACUCUGGAUUCCUGUGGGACACGGCAGCUGGAGUGGAGCUGAGGGACAUCCCUGGACAGGAGGGCUCACCCAGCAACGGUCACAGGAAGGCUGUGGGUCCCAGCCCGUUCCUUGCAAGGUUCAAGGUUGGCAGUAAUGACUUGACCCUGGUUAACCUCCAGCUGACAGCCCUGGCCCUCCCAGGAGCUGAGAAUUCAAGCAAGAAUCACAGCGACGGCCACCGGUUGUUGAACUUUGCACUGACCCUACAGGAAACCCUGAAAGGAGAAAAAGAUGUUGUUAUUUUAGGCGAUUUUGGCCAAGGGCCAGAUAGCAGUGACUAUGAUAUCCUAAGGAGAGAAAAAUUUCACCACCUGGUCCCGGCUCACACCUUCACCAACAUCAGCACCAGGAAUCCUCAAGGAUCGAAAUCUGUGGACAACAUCUGGAUCAGCAAAAGCUUAAAGAAAGUGUUCACAGGCCACUGGGCUGUUGUGAGAGAAGGUCUUACAAACCCUUGGAUCCCAGAUAACUGGUCCUGGGGUGGAGUUGCUUCUGAACACUGUCCCGUGCUUGCUGAGUUGUACAUGGAAAAGGACUGGAGCAAGAAGGAGGUCCCCAGGAAUGGCAGUGGAGUCACCUUAGAGCGAAGUGAAGCCAACAUUAAGCAUGAGCGAUGAUGACAUCACUGUUUCCACCCUCUGACUCAGGAGGGCAUAGGAAGGAGCUGGCACUACAGGGCGAGAAGACCCAGGGCCUUUGAAUCAUCAUUUUGAGGACCUGAAUCUCGGCCCCAGGACCACUGCCUACUUUGUGAACACUUUAGAACCUCUCCUGAGGGGAGCCUGUCAGGCUUUGGCUAUGUUGGGCAUCACGGCGAAGCUGGCUGGAACUGCAACGUCUUGACCCUGGGUAGCUGAUUUCAGGCUUGGGGUGGGGGCUGUGCCGCUGGCCUCAUUGUGUGGCAGCAUGAGAACAGCAACAGAGGUAAAGCAGAGAUGGGGGAGAUGGCUCAGGCUGACAAGCAAUGCCAUGGCUCUCUUUCUGUCUCACCAGGAUGUGAUGUUCUUGCCGACAAAUUCCAGGAAGCCUUUUUUGUUGUUGUUUUUGAGUUUGAAAUUAAACUUUAGUCUUUUCAGAGUAAUGUGAUUUAGAAAUAGGGGUUAAAAGACAACACAAAAGAAAGAAAUCAGACAAAGACAAGGACAGACAGACAGAAGAAAGCUGGUGAUAGGCUUUGGUUAGAUCUUCUCCAUCUUAGAGAUGAGAUCAUCACAGAUCCUGGACAGCUCAUCAUUUUCUUUAGUCUUCUGCUCCACAGUCUUUUCCAGUGAGUGGAUCUGCAUCUGUGCCUUCGUCAGGCUUGCCUGGAAAGCCAGUGCCUCUGCUUGGGCCUUGCUGCGUAUUUAGGCAAUCUCCUCAUUUGCGAGCUUGAGCUUUUCUUCUGCAUGGGCUUUCAGCACCUGAUACCUCUGGCCUUCCUUUCCUCAACACGCUUCUUCAAUGACUCUUCAUUCUUGCGGUAGCCUUCAAUCACUUCCUUCUGCUUCUCGAAGCGCUUAAAAAGAUCAGAGGAUUUCCCCAUAGAGCUCAAGUCUGCAGUAAGCUCGUCUCUCUCCUUUAGGACCUUGUGGAUUGUGUCUUCAACCAGUUCCUUCUGUUUAUCUGCCUCCUCCAUUGACUUGUACACGAUCUUCUCAAACUCCAGGAAGCUUUUAACUGUGAUGAAUACACUUCCCAAACGGUUUUAGUUUUGUUUUGAAAAACUAAAAAAUAAACAGAUUAAUCUUCCUGGCUGCAGUCAGGGUGUUGGGUGGGUUGCCUUGCUCUCUCACCUUAGUCAGUUCCUGUCUGUGGGCCAUGGCCACCCACUCCCAAAUGCCUUUUCCUAAUGUACCCUACCCCACAAAGGCACCUCUCACAUGCUUAAUCAUGCUUAAUCAUUUUCUCCUUCAUCUAUACCUUGUCAAGUUUUCUCCUUGGAAGACCACUUAGCAUCUGGACUUUAGUGUAGGACAUGGUUUCUAUACUCAAUUCCUUCUACUUUCCCCACAAACUCUAUUCUUAGAUUAGAACCCUCCUUGGCUGAUUCUAAGGCAUACAUGGUCUUUGUGUCAGCAGAUUUGGCACUUACAAAUCCAGACAACCACAGAUGAAAACAUAAUUUUUAAAUUGUGUCUAAACUUAACAAAUACAGGUCUUAUCAUCAUCCCUAAAAUAAUAUGGCAUAACAGCUGUUUUAUAGGACUUAUAUUGUGUUGGGUGUCUUCAUAUCAUGUAGAUUAAUUUGUGUGAGAAGGUGUGUGCAGGCUACAUGCAAAUACUAUACCAUUUUGGGUAAGGGACUUGAACAUACGUGGACUUUGGGUUUCAGAAGGAAGAGUCUGGGGACCAUCUAUGGAUGCUAAGGAAAGAUUGAUGAUUCAGGGUAUGCAGGAGGUUAAACCUGGGUGUAUCACUGAGGUGGUAGCUGUAAGUGUGUGUGUGUGUGUGUGUGUGUGUGUGUGUGUGUGUGUGUGUGUUGGGGGGUGUUUGUGGGAGAGCUUGGAAGGCAAGCAAGAACAAGCAGACUUCUGAGGCCCCUUUCUCUGAGCCUGAGUCAGGUUUGGUUUAUCUUUAGGCACAUCAUUUUACUAUUACAGUGACUCCAGGGUUAUGCUGCCCAUUUCACAGUUCCUGAUAGUCACCCAACCAAGGAAUAAAGUGUUCAAACAAGGAUUCUCUGAAUCUAAAACCCACUCAUAGUGUCAACUCCAUGCCUAUCAUGUAUGAAGCAUUAUAAAAAUAAAGCUUAAAUCUUAGUCUCCCAUUCUCUAGGUCAUUCCAGUCUUCUGUGGAAGCUAACUGUUUAUUAUUCUUUCCACACAAAGUACAGAGUGGCCCAAGAUGGAGAGCCUGCCACUUUCACCAAGCAGUUGUGUCUUCAACCCCAUCGUGUCAACGUUUUUUUAGAGAGAUGUGAACAAACGUGUGCUCACCAACAGCAUACCAAAGGAUGGUUCUAUCCAAGUCUAGCAUGGUGAACCAAUGGCUUUAAUUUUCUUAAUAAAGUAGCAUGGGAAACUGAAGAAAAGCUCCUUUCUAGCCACCUUUAACCUCCAUCUUUGGGAGGGGUGGAGCCUCCUGUGAGGUUUUAUGCAUUGCCUCUGAGUGGGUCCCUUGUGUGCUGCCUCCUGUAGCUUGUAGAAACCACCAUUCUGUCUCCACAGUUUUGCCUUUUCAAACACUUCAUAGGUUUGGAAUCAUACAGAAAAAAAUACUUUCUGAGUAACUGUUCUAUUUUUUCAUUAAUUAAUUUAUUUGUUGAUUUUACAUACCAAUCAAAACUCCAUUCUCUUCUUUCCUACCCUUCCCCCCCACUUCCUUCAUACCCCUUCUCCCUCAAACCCCACUUCCCCCAAGUACCAACCCAACUGGUUGCAUCAAGUCAAAUCAGGACUAAGUGCCUCCUCUUUCACUGAGGCAAGACAAGGCAGCCCUACUAGGGAAACGGGAUCCAGAGGGAGGCAACAGAGUCCAAGUCAGAGAGAGCCCUCCCCUCCAAUUGUUAGGGGACCCACUUGAGGACCUAACAGCCUAUGUGUAGUGUCAUGUGUAGGGGGCUGAGGUCCAGUCCAUGCAUGCUCUUUGUUUGGUGGUUCAAUCUUUAUAAGCCCCCAUGGGCCCAGUUUAGUUGGCUAUGUAGGUUUUCUUGUGGUGGCCUUGACCCCUCCAGUUCCCUCAAUAUUUCCCCUAGCUCUUCCACAAGACUCUUGAGUUCCUCCUAAUGUUUGGCUAUGGGUCUCUGCAUCUGUUUCCAUCAUCUGCUGGAUGAAGCCUCUCAGAUGACAGUUAUGCUGCUAGGUUCCUGUCUGCAAGGAUAGCAGAGUAUCACUAAUAGUGUUAGAGGUUGGCCCUCUCCGAUGGGUUGAGUCUCAAGUUGGAUCAGUCAUUGGUUGGGCAUUCCCUCUUAAUAAACAAACAACAACAACAAAACCAAAACUGACCACAUCCUGUAGCCAUGCAGGACUGCAAGUGGAGGGAGGAGAACACCAACCCACCCACAAAACUCUGGCCCCAAAUUUGUCCUGCCUACAAGAUGUAUAGGGAUAGAAGAUGGAACAGAGUAACUUUUUCAUACAGUUAAUGCAUUUGAGAUUAUUUUUUAUGAUGUGGGAUUCUCUCUCUCUCUCUCUCUCUCUGUCUCUCUUUUUUCUCUACCCCUCUCCUUAUUCUUUUCCCUCUGUUGUUGAAAUAUAUCCCCCAGUAUAAAGUUGAUCUGAUUUUCCUUGCAUUGACUUCUUCUGACCCUUGCCCUCUCCCUUGUUCUCUCACAUUUUUAAUCCCAGCACUUGGGAGACAGAGGCUGAGUUUGAAGCCACUCUGUACUACAGAGUGAGUUCCAGGACAGCCAGGGCUACACAGAGAAACCCUGUCUCUAAAAGCAAGCAAACAACAAUAAAAACUGAGAAAGAAUGACUCUAAGGACAACCAGACGCCCUUCUGGCCCAUGUGCUGGGUUCUCUCACUGCUGCUUUAGGGACAUAAAGGAAAGCAAAAGCCACCCAAGCCCUUCAGACAGACACUUCUUUGAGUUUCUUUGGUUUGGGUCUGUGCAUGGGUGAGGUAGGAGGGAAAGACAGAAUAUUACCCAGUCACAGGCAAGAAAAGGAACCCCUCAAUCUGAAGUCUCACCAGUCCCUUGCUAACUGAGAAUCAAGGCUUCCUGUACAAAUAAUACUUGCUAUGAAGGUAGCCAACAUAGAAGAAAUAUUUUUAAUGAAAAUGUUAACAUAGCAACAAGUCAAUUUCGAGACAUGACUGUGUAUGACCUUGGGUAGGGCCCCAAUUCUCUUAAGUAUUUUCUGGGAAUCUCAGCAAAAUUACUAAUUCUUUUCUUUUCUCAAAACAAUGAAAAUGUCCUAACUGCCCAUAUUUUACCCAUAAGUCUCCUACCAUGAAUGAAGACAUUCUAAGGAGAUGUUUGUGCCUUUUUGAUUUUUUUGUUUUGUUUUGUUUUUUGUUUUUCACUGUUGGAACAAUGGUCUUCUCAAAAUUAGGAACUUUACAGGGAUCUCAUCCUAGGAGGAGGAGGAAGAAGCCGAAGUCUGGUGCCAGCCAGAUGGGGAGAUUUUCUUCCGGGAAGAGCUUUACAACACGUCAUACCAACUUGCAGCAGCGGGAGUUGAGAUAAUAAGAUCCACACCUAUCUGGGACAGCUUACUUAUGAAUACCCCUCCCCACUACUUACACCUUAUGUUAGGAUCCUGAAUGUGGACUUGGGGUAGGGAAGGUUGCUAGACUUUUUUUUUUUUGUCCCUUUUUCCAGUGUUGCCAAAUUAAAUUAUCUCCUUUUCCUUCCUCUUGCUCUUACUUUGUCUAUUGAGGGCAGUUGCCAAGCCUAGGUGGUUAGGACUUCUGGCUCUGACCCUAACAACUGCAGGAACCAUUUUGUUUAGCCAAGCAGAAGUUGAACCCACAUAUCCCAACAACUUGGGUAAAGCUAAAAUUUUACCUAUUAAUUUAAUAUUGUCAGCCUCACCCUAGAAGCCACCCGUGAUCUCAUUUGAAUUGCUUAGCAACACAAUAAACUGUAAAAAUUAUCCACAUCCUAGGUAUGAUAUGAUGAAGUGCAAAUCCCUGUGAGAUGCCCUCACCCAUAUUCCUGGGUGUGUCAUUUUUUUCCCCCAUCAUCGAGUACAGCUCUUGCUAUCAGCUUCUGUUCAUAAUACAUUCAAUAAACUCCAACUAUGCCUUCUA